AUGAAACACUUUGAAGACCGGGAACUAUGCCAGUUUAGACUCGGUUUUGAAAACCAGCUGUGGUGCAGGGGCGAAGAUUGCAAAUUCAGAACGUGCGGGAGCUGCCAGUCGUGCGUCUGUGUAAAUAAACUGCACGACACCACGCAAUGGCUGGAGAAAGCCGGCGGCGCGUUAAAGUUGAAGUUCCUCAUGGGCGUACUCAUCAGGUGCAAAAGCGUGGACAUCCUCGAAAGCACUCUAAAGAUUAUACAGGUGGCGCUUGGGAAAGACUUCACCUACGCCAGAUCCCGGCAAAAACCAAAAGCGCCGGACGAUUUGACCACGUGGAGCCACAGUGGCACGAUUGACAGGAAAUGGCUCGGAACGACAGUUUUGGAAACCUGGGACUGGUUCAGCGGCAGCAAGUACUGGGUGAAAGCGAAUUACAUUAUAGGACUUCUAUCUUUGUGCGAGACCGGACUUCUUCAAGCUCUCUCAAAUCUUACCCGGGUUCUCAUUGAGAGAGAGAAACAGGCGUCCCUUCUGCCCGAUUCUGUCGCGGGUGACCAUGAGCUGGACGCCUCCUCCAUCCCAGAAUCCCGCUACUCCUUCUGCGCGGAGGAUCGACCCGAGCUCGAGCUGCUUCUGCGCACCAGAACCGCGUCUAUGGUGCUCGACCUGCCCGGUGACGCGCGCGAUCCGCAUUCUCCCGAGAUCGUCCCGGCAACCCCGUCGAACUUGGUGCCCGGCCCGGGUCUCCCCCAGGACGCACGCUACGGCAGGUUCCAGACGCCGGAGAGCGGAGCUGAGGGCACGGAGAGCAGCACGGGGGCGGGUGGGCCCGAAACGCCGCCCCCCGAAGACCCGGCGCUGACCGUGGUCCCGGGAACGUCCAGGUCCCUGUCUGGGGUCCGUCGACACCGCGACUUCAUCCGGGGCCUCCCCGUCCACCUGGCCAAAAGGAUUCUGGGCCUUUUGGACCGGACCGCGCUCCUGAGCUGCCACCACGUGUCCCAGCACUGGAGGUUCCUCACGGAGGAGGUGCAGGAGGAGAUCGAGACCAAACGCGUGGUGGAGAACCAGGCCAUGAUCAUGCAGGGCAGCUCCACGGCGUACACCAGCUCCGUGUUCAGCAGAAUCCGGGAGGUGCUCGUCCCCUCAGCUGAAAACCAGGAGGAGGCCAUUCCUGAAGCCGGACAGGUAACGUAUCUCACAGUCAAGGGCUUUGAGUCUGCCUACUCUGGCUGCACGACGAAAACCGUGGAGAUGGAGGAGAAGAACAUGUUCUGUGGAGCGUACAACAUCCUGGUGCUGUCCAACAGAGAGGACUGGUCCAGGGUGGUGCACUACAGCGGGGGGCAGCUGGUGGCGGUGGGCUCCAAGGACCGUCUGGUGCGUCUGCUGGACGUGCGGGCGAUGAGGCAGCGGACACUGGCGAUGCAGGGCCACGCCGGGAGCGUCCGGGCCGUGUACCUCUGCGAGGACCGGGGCCUGGUCAUCAGCACCGGCUAUGACCUCACCAUCAGGUGCUGGGACUUGGGGACUGGAGCCUGCGUAAUGCUGUUCAGGGGCCAUUUUGGCACCAUAAACUGCCUGGAUCUGCAUGGUAACACGCUGGUGUCAGGGGCCAAGGACUGCAGGGUUAAAGUGUGGAACCUGCGGACGGGGCGGAACAUCCAGAGGCUGCGGUUCAGGCACGACAGCCCGGUGCAGUGUGUGAGGGUGGGGCGGGGCCUGGUGCUCAGCAGCUGUGACCGAGGCGUGCUGAAGCUCUGGGACCUGGACACCGGGGGGCUCCUCAAGCUCAUACCCAGCCAGCAGGGCUCGGUGAAGUGCCUGCACCUGGACCAGUGGCACCUCCUCUCGGGCGGAGCGGACGGCUUCGUCUCUGCCUGGAGCACCAGCAGGGAGCACAGCCAGAGCCUCAUGACCUACCGCCACCCCAGGGAGGUGCUGACACUGAUGUUCCUCUUCCUGCGGGUCAUCACCGGCUGUGCGGACGGAAAGAUCCGGGUCUUCGACUUCCUGACGGGCAACUGCCUGAGGAUCUUCAUCUCCAACAGCCAGGGGAGCCCUGUGCUCUCCCUGCACAUACACGAAAACAACAUCGUGAUAAACACCAGGGCCAGUGUGCUCAUCUUCCAGUUUGGGGAGGAGGGCAGCGAGCUCUCGGAGUCCGUGGAGGGUGAGAGUGCUGAGGAGGAGGACUCCCCCAGGAAUCACCCCCGCUCCCCCGUCCCGGCCCGGAGCAGGGAGCGGAGAGGCUCCUCCGGGGCGAAGCAGGCUGAGAAGGACUCGCUUUCCCAUCAUGCCCCUGGCCUGUCCACUCCCAGCAUGCAGCGGGAAAAGAGCGCUCAGCAGAGGCCUCUCAGACCAGCCACGGACUCGGUGCUCCAGAGACACCACCCCAGCCUGGCCUACAGCGGCCUGCACUCAGACCCAAACGCAAAGCCCCCCACGGCCCUCUGUCCCAGGACAGCGACCGGCAGGGCCAGCCAGAGGCCCAAAACCACCAGCUGCAUCCCAGUGAGAAGGCCUGUUGUCCCGGUGAAGUGGGGGUGGGCCCGAAAUGAAGAGGCCAAAAAGCAGGGGCCCUCCAAUAAACACGCCCCCUCGGAGGCCGACGUAUCCCAGCAGCCCCGGCGGUGCGGCCGAUCCGGCUGCCUCGUUCACCCUGACGUGGGCGCGUGUGAGGCCUGGGGUCCCCCCCCUUCCCCCCUCCGCACGCAACCGGGGGCCAAAGCGUCGUUGCCGGGGGCGACGAGCCCCGCCACGCCCACCGCCGCAAGCCCCGCCUCCCGUCAGAUCCGCCCGUUCACCGCCUCCCCCAGCCUGGGGCGCCUCCAUCCCCACGCGGGACGGGCCGUGGGCGGCUCGGAGACGGGGAGGCCGGGCGGCUCGUCCGGGUCGGGGUCCGGGAAGACGGUGUGUAAGGUGGGGGGGUACACCACCACGGCGGAGCGGGACAUCGACCCGGACCGCUGCGUGCUCAGCAGCGCCCCCUGCGGGCGCGCGGGGGGGCGUCGCCACGUGGGCUUCCAGGCGACCUCUGACCCCGCCCCGGCCGCGACCUUCGACCCCUUCCGGAGGCGCUCGCCGUUCCGGCUGCUGACGGCCGGGCAGCAGGAGGAGCGCGAGAGGGAGGCGCAGCGGGAGCACGAGGAGGCGUGCGCCAGGGAACGCCGCAGAGAGGAGAGGCAGAGGAGGAGAGCCUGGCGCAUGAUGGCCAAGGGCCGGCUGCCUGGCGCCCUCUACAGGAAGGAGGACCAAAUAUACGCUCCUGAGCUGGGCCCUGGUACCUACAUCUGA